ACUGUUCCCUUUGCCACAUUGUAACUGGUAGGGGAUCCAUAGUGAGCAUGGCUACGGCUGCCUCCAAUCCCUACAGCAUUCUAAGCUCCAGCUCCCUGGUCCAUGCAGAUUCUAGUGGAAUGCAGCAAGGGAGCCCUUUUAGGAAUCCACAGAAACUGCUACAAAGUGACUACCUGCAGGGAGUUCCCACCAAUGGACACCCACUUGGGCACCACUGGGUGACCACCUUAAGUGAUGGCAAUCCUUGGUCAACAAGUCUAGGAAACAGCCCUCUGGACCAACAGGAUAUUAAACCAGGGAGAGAAGACCUGCAGCUGGGGGCUAUCAUCCACCACAGGUCGCCCCAUGUUUCCCAUCACUCGCCUCAUACCAACCACCCCAAUGCUUGGGGAGCCAGUCCAGCUCAUAACUCAUCGCUCACCUCCAGCGGGCAGCCUAUAAAUGUCUACUCUCAGACUGGCUUCACUGUCAGUGGAAUGCUGGACCAUGGAGGGCUCACCCCACCACCUCCAUCAGGCAACACUCAGAGCUUGCAUUCUGUCCUCAGAGAUGCCACAGACCAUGGGGAUAUUGGGUCCCACCAUUGCCAAGACCACUCUGAUGAGGAGACCCCAACAUCAGAUGAGCUGGAACAAUUUGCCAAGCAGUUCAAACAAAGGAGGAUCAAGCUUGGAUUCACACAGGCAGAUGUAGGAUUGGCACUGGGGACACUCUAUGGAAAUGUCUUUUCCCAGACCACCAUCUGCAGGUUUGAAGCUCUGCAGCUCAGCUUCAAGAAUAUGUGCAAGCUGAAACCUCUGCUGAACAAGUGGCUGGAAGAAGCAGACUCAUCCACAGGUAGUCCCACCAGUAUUGACAAAAUUGCUGCUCAGGGCAGGAAGAGGAAGAAAAGGACCUCCAUUGAGGUGAGUGUGAAAGGAGUCUUGGAGACCCACUUUUUGAAAUGCCCCAAACCUGCUGCCCAAGAGAUCUCCUCGUUGGCAGACAGCCUGCAGUUGGAGAAAGAAGUGGUUCGUGUCUGGUUUUGUAACAGGAGACAAAAAGAGAAAAGAAUGACUCCACCGGGUGACCCACAGCAACACGAUGUGUAUUCUCACAGUGUUAAAACAGAUACAUCGUGUCAUGAGCUUUGACUAUCCCCAGAGAAAGACAGAAACGAUUUGUGCCUCCAAAUCUGCCUUUCUGCGCCUUGGUUUCAUCGCAUUUUU